GGCCGAUUUCCACAGUCAUGCUACUGCUCUCGCGGGCUACAGGGGGCAUCCGCAUACACAAGAGUAGUCUCGGAGCACACCAUCCUGAUCCUGCACGCGUUUAGUAGGAUCGAGGCAGGAAACAGGCAAGUGAGAGGGUGCAGUCUGGCGCCUGCCGACUGUGCAUCUAGCAGGUCUCGUAGACUGAAGUCGUAUCCUUCAGAGAAAAAAACGACAAGGCCGCGCACAGCUCGCUUUGGGUUUCAAGAGCCGCGCAUGAGCUUUAGCGGGAUUAAACCGAUCAAGAUAACGGGAGGCUGGAUGUAGGAACGGUCGCGCUCAUUGAACCAGGAUAUUUAAAACUGAAGGAAAACAUAUUUCAUUCAUCGAAGACCGGGCGGAGGAGGCUCGAGGCUGCAGCAUCAUGAAGCUCGUGUGCUGGAUGGCGCUAGCUCUCCUCCACGGGCAUGCCGCAUCGGCCCAGCAACGUCGCCUGGUAGAUGACGAGGGGUCAACAGACGAGUUCUAUGACGACGAGGAUCUCUUCUCUGGGUCCGGCUCAGGCUAUCCUGAUAUGGAGGUGAACCCUACGAGGCUGGAUGUGUCCUUUACCACUCCAGAGCCUCUCCCUCUCUCCACCACCCAGGCGACAGGCAACGCACCCUCUGCCCCCCCAGCACCUGAGCCCAGUGGCACCCCCUCCCCCACCCCCACCCCUGCCACCGACAGAGCCAGUGGUGCGGAGGAAAAUUUCACAGAGGAGGAAGAGGAGAGAGUGAGGGAGCAGGAGAUACAGCAAGAGAAAGAGAGAAAGGAGAUGGAAAGGGAGAGAGAGAAGGAGAGGGAGAAAGAGAGGGAACGGGAAAGGAGAGAGAGGGAGAGGGAGCAGGAGAAGGAGAGAGAGAGGGGGAGGGUCACGGAGCGAGAAAAAGAGAGGCAGAGAGAGAGAGAAAGGACAACAAUUUCCCUGUGGGCCUCCUCCAUCCCCAUGGUAACCACAAGUCCAGCUCCACCUCCUGCUCCUGAUAUGUUAGCGCCCUCUGGUGGCGCAGAGGAGUUCAGCACAGCUGAGGAAGAGGAGGAGGAGAUUUUCCUGACGGAUGAGCCCAGGCAACCCUUCCCAACAAUCCCAUGGGACAGAGACACCACCACGGAGAGCCUUCCCACGGAGCAGGAUACAAUCUCCUGGGACCGAGACGCCACCACACAGAGCCUUCCCACAGAGGAGGACACAAGCACGUCCCCACCAAUCACCACAGAGCCCGUUAUCCCAACAGAAGAAGACGACGUAGUCGAAGUAACAGAAGAAGACGAUGAAGAAGAAGAUGAAGAAGAAGAAGAAGAAGAAGAAACCACACCCCCUCUGCCAACAACCACUGAGAGUAUCACAAGCAUCCAAACCACUUUCACAACACAGACACAGGCACCCUACACGGACGUGAAUAAUGAUGUGGGCCUGGGACGCAGUGACGACUUUGAGAUUCGAGACAACAACAGUCGCCAGGACAACGAUCUGGGAUCCGACCGAGGUGAAGACCGAGGGGCAGACGCCGAUCUGUCGGGCAACACGGUGGACACGGUGGGCAGCUCGGCCGCUCAGCUCCCCCAGAAGAACAUCCUGGAGCGGAAGGAGGUCCUAAUAGCGGUGAUCGUGGGCGGUGUGGUGGGCGCCCUGUUUGCUGCCUUCCUCGUCAUGCUUCUGGUGUACCGCAUGAAGAAGAAGGACGAGGGGAGCUACACACUGGAGGAACCCAAACAAGCCACCGUCACCUACCACAAGCCUGACAAACAAGAGGAGUUCUACGCAUAACACCCACAACCACACGCACACACACACACACACACCUACAUACACACACACACACACACACAUAUGCCGACUGAAAAGGUUUACAUAUUACUACUAAUAAGUUCUGUAAUUUAUUCUGUAAUUCUUUUACUUAGCUGCCUUUUUCUCUCCUUGUCUCUCCUCGUCUGACAUCCCUUCUCGUUCUCUCCUCUGUCCCCCAUAAGAGUUUCUGUCUCUAUAAAGAUUUUUUUUACGCGGAAAAAAAGUGAACAAAUUAAGAAAUCAGAUUAAAAGAAGAGUGAAGGGGGUUGCUAGGAACAGUUGAAGUCUUGGAGUGUUUUGGAGUAGCUGAGUGUCUGGAAUAGAUCGAUGUUGAAUGACUAUUUUAAAAUCAUUUUUUGUUAUUGCAUGAAAGCAGACACUAUGAACAUGGCAAUACGACAGAAACACAGACAGCUGAGAAGUGUUUAGAGCACGAGAGGAGAUCAGUUGAGGUGAAAGGUCAAGUGGUGCCUUCCAUUCCACUGGUGCUAAAGGCUUAAGGCUUAAGAUGAGCAGAAACGAGAAUGGGUUGGUAGUUCAGUGUGGUAAGCUCUGGUAGACUUGCCUUUCACUGGCGACGGGUGCAGAUCGACUUUACACUAACCACCAUCUCGAACAAUCUUUACCGUUUCUCUCCGAUUCUCAUUAUCUUCCUCUCUCAGACACGUAACCACACAUGUACACAAUGUCUCCCUCUGCUGGUGGGUGGGUGUUAGUGAACCUGGCCUUUUGUAUCAAGACAAGAAACUUAAAGAACGUUUACAUAGGUCCAGGAAUGUUUAUAAACUGUUCAGUGACACUCAGAAACAAGGAUUGAAUGAUCCUCUACGUUGUACAAAGACAAUUAGCUAUCCAUAGUAAUAGUAUUAAUAAUAAUAAUGAUAAUAAUCAAUAACAAUAUAUCAUGGGUCGUGGGGGAAUGGUGAAUAUUCUAUUUGUAGUGGGUACGGGGGCUGUAUUAGCUGUAAAAUAAAGUUUAUCUGUAAAUACACACUGUUCUUUAAUUUAAACUCAUAAGAUACAUCUCCACAGGCUCAGGUCACACACACAGAACUGCAUGCACACACACAUACACUCACAAUGCAUCCUGAUGCAGUUUCAUGAUUCUUUUUGCUCUUUUUAUGACAUAUCAAAUAUCAGCAAUUGUCAAGAGAUCUCAUUGGGCAUAUCUCUUUAUCAUCAAUAUUGUAUAGCAAAAGUCUGUACUUGCCUGUGCCAUUCUUCUAUGCUACAGGACACCCAAACUUUUCUAAGGUGUGUGAAUCACUCUGAUCGAGUAGAUUCUGGAUUUGGAUCUUUGAAUGCAUGUUAGUUCUUUUUUUUUUUAAAUUCUUUUCAUUAUUAUUAUUGUUGGACAUGUUUCAUUUUGAAUCUGAUAUCAAACGAAUGAGACAAUACCUAGCCUUAAGGGAGCACAAGCACAAAACCACAGACACACACACACACAUACACCACCAGGGCAUGUUUGUCAGGCUCUGAUUAAAGACACGUUUUCGAUGUUGGUGUACGUGUGUGUGUAUUUGUGUGAGAUGCCACCUUGGCUGGACAGGAUCCCACAGCAGCAGGUGUGUCCUCAUAUCAAGUCCAUCCCAAUCCAUACUCAAAAUCACACUCUCUGACCUGUAAAAGUGUAUACUGUCCAUCCCAAUCCAUACUCAAAAUCACACUCUCUGACCUGUAAAAGUGUAUACUGUACAUAUACUCCUCUUUUUUUUACAUACUGCUGACAUGGUCCACCUCUUGGCCCACCCGUGUGCUGUUUGACCUCUGACACACAUAUCCACACAGACAUCUGCUUACUGGAGGUCGUCCAGUGCUCACAGACACCCUUGUUUGUAGAAUGUGUGUGUGUGAAAUUGAAAGACUGGUUUCUAUGAGUCUGUCUUUUUUCUAUGUAAACUUCGGAUGUUUGUACCCUUAACCAAAUAUGAGGCCAAGCAUUACAGUGUUUAUUGUUUUGAGUGCAUGUGUGUACACACACACACACGCAUGUGCGUGUGGAGCUAGUAUGGUCGCUCAUUGUGUUUUUAUACAUUAGCAUUUUUAAAGUUGUCUUUUUUUGGUGAGCUUUUGGCUCUCCUCACCUUCACUAACUUGCCACUCUGUUCUCAAUAAAACACCUGACUAGGUGACCUGAAAA